CCUCGCGAAGCACAAAACCUCUUUCUUCACACAAAAAAAGUUAUCUGUAGACGACACGCAGCGUCGAAUUUGCGAUAUUUCCCAAAAUUUCCAACAUUUUCACUGCGACAAAUCGCUUCUAAUUCUGUGCAGUUUAUUGUUCCGGCCACCGGCUUCAGGUUGCUGGUAAUUUGAUUUCCGGAAGUUUUUGUAAAAGGAUUUCUCCGCCGCGUGACCCUUUCGUGCGAACUGGAUGCGUGGUCAGAAAACCAAAACAAGAAGUAGAAUCUCCCCUCUCUGGCCAUCGGGCACGAUAAUAAGGAAAAACGAGUUUAAAAAAUAAAGAACAGAACAAACUAUCGGGGGAGAAAACCGUGGUGGAAGCUGCCGGUGAGCAAACCUAAAUUUCCCUCUCGUUUCGAAGAACUACCAAACAACCACACCCGAGAUUUGGCCUUUCUCUUGUUGUUCUUUUGUGGCGCGAAUUAGUUCGCCACGAAUUUAUAACGGGCCUCUGUCGUUGGCAGCACAACAGCAACAACAACGGCCGGUGGAGCUUGCUAACUACUGAAACAUAGCAGAGAUUAAAAAACCGAAACUCCAGCAACAAAAUGACGUGGGAACCGCAGCCGGACGGACUGAACCAAAUCAUUACCCUGCUGAAGCAAUCGCAAUCGACGGACAAUGCGAUUCAGCGUGCCGUUCAGAUGAAACUAGAAGAAUUGAACCAAUUUCCAGAUUUUAACAACUAUCUAAUAUAUGUGCUUACAAAGUUAAAAACGGAAGAUGAACCAACGCGCUCUUUGUCAGGACUGAUUCUGAAAAACAACAUCCGCAUCCACGGAACCCAUCUGCAGCCUGCGAUAAUUGAGUACAUCAAGCAAGAAUGCUUAAUGGCACUGGGGGAUCCAUCGCCACUAAUCCGGGCCACAGUGGGUAUUCUUAUCACGACAAUUGCCAACAAGGGAGGGCUCCAGACGUGGCCCGAACUACUCCCGACUUUGUGUGAUAUGCUCGAUUCGCAGGAGUACAGUGUUUGCGAGGGCGCUUUUGGUGCGUUGCAGAAAAUAUGUGAAGAUUCGGCCGAUACCUUGGAUAGUGCUGCCCUGAAUCGUCCGCUUAAUAUUAUGAUUCCUAAAUUCCUGCAAUUUUUCCGGCACUCUAGCCCAAAAAUCCGCUCCCAUGCAAUUGCUUGCAUCAACCAAUUUAUAAUCAAUCGAACGCAAGCCCUGAUGCUACAUAUCGAUACGUUUAUUGAGAAUCUGUUCCACCUUUCCUCGGAUGAAGAUCGCGAAGUGCGGAAGAACGUUUGCCGUGGUUUGGUCAUGCUACUGGAAGUCCGCAUGGAUCGGUUGAUGCCCCAUAUGAAUAACAUCAUCGAGUACAUGUUGAUUCGAACGCAGGAUCCUGAUGAAACUGCUCUCGAAGCUUGUGAGUUUUGGCUCUCGUUGGCUGAGCAAUCAAUUUGCAAAGAAGCUCUGACACCACAUCUGGCGCAAUUGGCACCGGUGCUUGUUCGGGGUAUGAGGUACUCCGAUAUCGAUAUCAUCAUCUUAAAGGGAGAUGUCGAGGAGGAUGAAAUGAUUCCGGAUCGCGAAGAAGACAUUAAACCAAGGUUCCAUAAGUCGCGAACCCAUACGCAGAAAGCAGGCAACAUAAACUCGCAGGACCAGGUUACUAGGCCAAUGGAGGGCAACGAUGAGGAAGAGGACAUGGAUGAUCCAUAUGACGACAUGGACGAUGACAGUAAUCUGUCCGACUGGAAUCUGCGUAAGUGCAGCGCAGCAGCAUUGGAUGUCCUUGCAAAUGUCUUCAAAGAUGAUUUCCUCCCAAUCCUCUUGCCUAUACUGAAAGAAACUUUGUUCCACCAGGACUGGCAGAUCAAAGAAAGUGGUAUCUUGGCUCUGGGCGCUAUCGCCGAGGGAUGCAUGAACGGUAUGAUACCACAUCUGCCAGAGCUUAUUCCGUACCUAAUAUCGUGCCUGUCGGACAAGAAAGCCUUGGUGCGCGCGAUCACUUGUUGGACAUUGUCGCGAUAUGCCCAUUGGGUGGUCAGUCAGCCUCACGACCAAUACUUGAAACCUUUGAUGGAGGAACUGCUCAAGCGAAUCCUCGAUGCUAACAAACGUGUCCAGGAAGCAGCAUGUUCUGCUUUCGCCACUCUCGAAGAAGAAGCAUGUACGGAAUUGGUUCCUUAUUUAGGAUUUAUACUGAAAACGUUGGUAUUCGCCUUUGGUAAAUAUCAACAUAAAAAUCUUCUUAUCCUGUACGACGCCAUCGGGACAUUGGCGGAUUCUGUCGGUCAUCAUUUGAACAAACCUGAGUACAUUAACAUGCUGAUGCCACCGCUGAUUCAAAAAUGGAAUAUGCUGAAGGACGAAGACAAAGACCUAUUUCCACUGCUGGAGUGUCUAUCCAGUGUGGCCACUGCUCUGCAAUCUGGAUUCCUCCCGUACUGCGAGCCUGUGUAUAGAAGAUGCAUAUCAUUGAUCCAGCAAACAUUGAAUCAGGAUUUGGCGAGUACCGCGAGUCCUGGUCAAUUUGAGUUGCCGGAUAAGGAUUUCAUGAUUGUGGCAUUGGAUUUGCUGUCCGGGUUGGCUGAAGGACUCGAUGGCCACAUUGAAUCGUUGGUGGUCAGUAGCAACAUUAUGCAGCUGCUCUAUCAGUGUAUGCAGGAUUCGAUGCCUGAGGUUCGACAGUCUUCGUUUGCAUUACUUGGGGACUUGACGAAGGCUUGCUUCCAGCACGUCCAUCCGUUUAUUGCCGACUUUUUGCCCAUAUUGGGUCAGAAUUUAAACCCGGAGUACAUUUCGGUAUGCAAUAAUGCGACGUGGGCCAUAGGCGAAAUCAGCAUAAAGCUACGUGAAGACACGAAACCAUACAUUCCACUGGUUUUGGCACAGCUCAUCGAGAUCAUCAACAAUCCUAACACUCCUAAAACAUUGUUGGAAAAUACUGCAAUAACAAUUGGUCGACUCGGUCUUGUAUGCCCCCUUGAAGUGGCUCCUUCAUUGCAACAGUUUGUGCGACAGUGGUGUUCAUCACUUCGAAACAUUCGGGAUAAUGAAGAGAAAGAUUCCGCCUUCCGGGGUAUGUGCCAAAUGAUAACCGUGAAUCCUGUCGGAGUGGUGCCAGACUUUAUCUUUUUCUGUGACGCUGCGGCAUCUUGGAUGAACCCGAAGCCAGAUUUGCACGAAAUGCUACAGAAGAUAUUGCUCGGAUUCAAGACCCAAGUAGGGGAGGAAAAUUGGAGCCGAUUUGUGGAGCAAUUCCCCCAGCAGCUUAGCGAGCGACUAGCGCUGAUGUAUAGUAUCUAAGAAGGGAAGUCUGCGAGGGUUCUGCGAGCCAUGCAGCGGUAUGUAGAGAUUCAUUUUAUUGUUUUUCCUUGGAAUAUCAAAAACUUCCUGAUUUGGAAUCAUUGCAACUCUAGCAUCACAGUUGGAGUGAAGUAGAAUCGAAGGGAUACUUUCACAUAGUCGCAGCAUAAUUAUAAGGCGGUGUUCCGAAACACCUUGACUAGAUACCAACCGUGGUAUCAGUAGCAGCAGUGGUUAGCUGAAGUUUUGAACAAACUGGAAAAUUUUGACUUCGUAGUUUUAGAUCAGUACUGCUUUAGUUAAAUUACGCGAUAGAUCAAAGCGCUGCGAAUGCACAGUACUUUUUUAUCAUGGAGAGUCACGAAAUCGGUUUUUAAAUUGCUAUUUUUAUUCGAAAAGUUUCAGUUUAUCGCAUAUUACGCCUCGGCACAAAAAUAAAUCAAUGUAAAAACAAUAGGUUUUCUAGAUAGUUUACUAUAUCGGAUUAAAUAUUAUAGUAAUCAGCUACCACUCA